UCCAGGUCGCUCUCAGCUGAGGUUAGAUUGUGCUGAAUAUUAUCUCGCCUGCCCUCUUACCGUUAUAAUAUUCAGUCGGAGAACAGGUGCGCGCUGAGAAGUGGUUCUGCGUUGACUGCAUCGGCGUCUAAACGAAAGGGGGACAAUUCCUGGAGACGGUUCGCGUUCGCCAGUUUACUGCGGCGUUGAGGACAAAUCAUAUCAGUGAGUCCAAACAGGUACCACGAGAGGUAUAGCUGGACGGUCAGUAUCACGCCGGAUUGUGGACUACUCUGUGCUGAGAUGGACUGUGACUUAAGUGUCAUUUUGAGACGUUGACCAUUUGCAGGAGCAAUUUACCCAGUUCAAUUCUGCCGCUAACUGUACUGCACUGUAGCCUAUAUUGGGUCAUGUUGUCUGCGUUCAACACGUUGCCUGAGAGCGAGGCUGGAUCAGGUCACUGGUUCACUCCAUCCAUAAUUUAGGAUGACGCCUCUCAGUCAAACCUGCUCGGUUUCUCACGUUGUCUCAAGAGUUCGAACAGUUUAUCAGCAGACUCCUGAGCGCUCACUGUGACCCUCCCUGUUUGGCUGCCCGGCCGACAUCCCGGGGAGGUGAUGCGACGGUUCGUGUACUGCAAGGUGGUGUUGACCACCUCUCUGGUGUGGGUGCUGGUGGAUGUGUUCUUGCUGCUCUACUUCAGCGAGUGUAAUAAAUGCGAUGAUAGGAAAGACCGCUCGCUGCUUCCUGCCCUCCGAGCAGUGAUAUCUCGGAGCCAUGAGGGGCCAGGGGAGAUGGGCAAGGCGGUGAACAUCCCCAAGGACGAGCAGGAGAAGAUGAAGGAGCUCUUUAAGAUUAACCAGUUCAAUCUGAUGGCUAGUGACAUGAUUGCACUCAACAGGAGUCUGCCGGACGUGAGGUUGGAUGGCUGUAAGACCAAGGUGUACCCAGACGACCUGCCCAACACCAGCAUCGUCAUCGUGUUUCACAACGAGGCGUGGAGCACCCUGCUGCGGACUGUUCACAGUGUCAUCAACCGCUCUCCCAGACACUUGCUUGUGGAGAUCGUGCUGGUCGACGAUGCCAGCGAGCGAGACUUCCUGAAGAAGAAGCUGGAGAACUACGUGCGGACCCUGGAGGUGCCAGUGAGGAUCCUGAGGAUGGAGCAGCGCUCGGGUCUAAUCAGAGCCAGGUUGAGGGGCGCGGCUGCCACCAAAGGUCAGGUCAUCACCUUCCUGGACGCUCACUGUGAGUGCACCAUCGGCUGGCUGGAGCCCCUGCUGGCCCGCAUAAAAGAGGACAGGACAGCGGUGGUGUGCCCCAUCAUCGAUGUCAUCAGUGACGAGACGUUCGAGUACAUGGCGGGCUCAGAUAUGACUUAUGGCGGAUUCAACUGGAAGCUGAAUUUCCGCUGGUACCCUGUUCCCCAGCGGGAGAUGGAUCGACGCAAAGGGGACAGAACACUUCCUGUCAGGACCCCCACCAUGGCAGGAGGAUUGUUCUCUAUAGACAAAACAUACUUUGAAGAAAUAGGAAGCUAUGAUCCGGGGAUGGAUAUCUGGGGAGGAGAGAACCUGGAAAUGUCUUUCAGAAUCUGGCAGUGCGGUGGCUCUUUGGAAAUCGUGACAUGUUCCCAUGUGGGCCAUGUUUUCCGGAAGGCCACCCCAUACAGCUUCCCCGGAGGAACGGGCCAAGUCAUCAACAAGAACAACAGGCGCCUGGCCGAAGUGUGGAUGGAUGAUUUCAAAGACUUCUUCUAUAUCAUAUCACCAGGUGUGAUGCGGGUGGACUACGGAGACGUUUCUUCCCGUAAAGCCCUCCGCGAGGCCUUGAAGUGCAAACCGUUCUCCUGGUAUCUAGAAAACAUCUACCCAGACUCCCAGAUCCCAAGAAGAUACUACUCACUUGGUGAAAUCAGAAAUGUUGAAACCAACCAGUGUGUGGACAACAUGGGGAGAAAGGAGAACGAGAAAGUUGGCUUUUUCAACUGUCAUGGCAUGGGCGGAAACCAGGUGUUCUCAUACACGGCGGAUAAAGAGAUAAGGACAGAUGACCUCUGUCUGGAUGUCUCCCGCCUCAACGGACCUGUCGUCAUGCUCAAGUGUCACCACAUGAAGGGCAAUCAGAUGUUUGAGUACGAUGCCGAGUAUGUUGGCAAGUGGGAGUAUGAUUUUGAGAAGCACACCUUCCUCCACAUCAUCACACAAUCAUGUCUGACCUUCAGCCGUCUGGAGGAUGGUACCUACGGCCCCACGGUGGAGUACUGUAACAACAGUCCCGUGCAGGCCUGGAUCCUCCACAACUACACUCGUCUGGAGGUUGCUAGACGCCUCUACUUCAGCCCCACUGAUUAUUUUCUCUAAGCUCCUGUCCGCUCUGGGGGGAGCGCUGUAGGUCCUAAGGUGAGCAGGUCAGUACAUUUUAGGCUUACAAUAGAAUCUGGUGGUCAUUAGCAGCUCUGUAGUGACAUAGUUUAGCAUUGUUAGACCUGGAAGUAGAUUAGGUUGACCUGUUUGGGUGCUAAUAGGCACCUCUGUAGCUGAUUGUGGCUGAGUAUUUCCAUAUUGUCUUAUUUUUGUCAGUGUGAACAGGUGAAUGCAGAGUUUGUUGUUAUGAUCUGUCAUUUAUUAGUCACAAUGUGCGUGCAGAUUGUUUUAGGAAGCAUUAAGUAGCUUUUGCUGGUGACCUUUCAGGGAGAAGGCAUGAAGACAAGGGCGGAAGCACAUCAAGCAAUGACAGAUGUCCCAUCAAGAUGGUUUUGUGUAUAAGAUGCUAUCUGCGAGACCUUCAUGCCAAAUUAGAUCUCAUUUGGCAUUUAUUUUCCAGCAUAAAUAUUUUAUUUUGAUGGGAAAAUUCACUGGCUGUCCCUUGGACUGCUAGCGCGUAGUGAAUGAUGCCUGAGAUGGAGGAGGACGUGUUUAUUUUUAGCUGAUUAUCUACAUGCAGGGCUGAAUGAAAUGGGCUCGCCAUUGUUUACAAGUUCUUUUGAAGUGAUCCUUCAUUGUGAACCUACCUUUCAUGGCCCUGGCCUCUCAGGCCACUCUCCUAUUGGCCUGAAGCAGCUGUGCACACUGUGUGCCAUGUACAUAUUGUAAAACCAAUGAAUCCCAAUUAUCAGUGCUUUUCACCGCUCUGCCUGCUUAUUUACAUACUUUUGUGAGGAACUUUUUUUUGGCCCAGCAUUUCUGUCCGUUUCAGGGUUGAGGUUUUCGCUGCCGUCAUGUCCGUUCUGCUGUGUUAUCUGCAGUUUGCACCUCAGACUCCUGUACCGUUGUAUCUCUCAAAAAAAGCUAAAGAGCAAUUUCACUGUAGCAUGCCACAGUUGUUGUGUCCAAGCGGGGUAAAUUGGGUAAGGAGCUCCCGGGGCUGCUGGUGUGUGUCAGAGUUACAGCAGUAAAGUGACCUGCUGUUAGAUGGCCUGAUUUGCUGUUCACACUCGGGUCCUCGUGGCAUAGCCAGCAUAAAGGGAGAGCUCAUACACAAGAGCAGGGCAGUAUUAGAGUAAAUGAGAUUGUUCCCUGACUCUGCCUUGAGACAAAAGGAAUUUGCUGUUUUUUUGUAUUCCCCACAAAAAUCAACUCAGCCCUUUAGAUUUUCUUCCACUGUCGGCGCAAGAUCAUGUCAAACAGGAGCUCUUUUGCCUUUCAGCAAGUCCAGUGUGCUGCCUGGUGACAAAGAGGAUAAUGUUCCUCAACCAGGGCUCAUGGUUAGAAACCAUCCUCAUUUAAUUAGCCGGUCUCAGCUGUGCACACACUCAGCGACUUGCUCCGGAGACACUGGUUGGUUUGCUAGGAGGUUGAGAUGGGAGUUUUCUCUGCCCCAAAGGAGGCAUGAAAUAAUUAUGAGCAAAGGACAGGACCUCCACAUUUCUAGUAUUUUCAUUAAAUGUGGAUAGUUUUUUCUACCCCCUGCCGUCAUGCCCCUCUUCUCUCAUCUCUGUCAGCAGAGUAGGUUUGGAUCUUUGAAUGAAAAAAGAAAUACUAUUCUCAUUAUUGCCUAAGCCAGGUUCUUAUGAUUUAUAGAUUAGCUCUACCGACAGCUCGGAGAGGCUCUAUGUAUGAACAAGCCUUUACAGAGAAGCAUUUGUUGGUUUCACAGCUUGUCAUUUGCAAAAUAUACAAAAAAAAAGGAUUUUUUUAAACAGUCAGGAUUAAGAGAUUUCUGAUUUUUGUCACUUAUCCUUAAAACUGUAGGCUUAACUCUACCAUUGUCUUAAGUUGUAGCAGUCUUUUAAAAAUAUUUUGUAAUAAAGCAAGAAAAGAAAAAUGUCUCUGAAGUAGAGCUACCUUAUUGUUCUUUUCUUUAGCUUUUUGGCAGGUGUGUAAGAGACGGACGCCACCUGCUCUCUUUGUUCUUGGACUGUUUGAACAAAUGUGCCCUGUAGGGCAGGCUGUAAUGUGUACUUCAGGAAAGGUGUGCAUGUGUGUGUGUAUGUGUGUGCACGUGCGCGUGUACUUCUUUGUAACCAGGCAGAGAAUGUCAAACUCUUGUGUUUUAUAGCUUAAGGUCAAACAUGGCCUCAGCGUCUCUGUUUGCUCAUUAGUCUGAAUAUCCUCUGUCAACAGUCAAAGCACAAUCUUGUUUUAAUGAAGAAUUAUAUCUCAGUCACAGGAUGAAAUAAUCAUGCCAACGUACAUGUCUUAAUGCCACACGCUGACUCUGGUUUGUAGUUGUUCUUGUGCAUUAUCUUUCAUGUUUGCUCCUCGUGUUUCUCAUAUUGUGAUGAGUUCUCUUUCAAAGGCCCCUACAUUUACAUACGUUAUUACACUGUAUGGUGUCUUUGUAAAGUAGCACCCAACAUCAUUUUCCCAGUUCCUCUCACAACAUUGUUUUCCUCACCAACAAACUCCAAGUCCUCUGCUACUGCAUGCGAUCAUUAGGGACAAGAUAAGGAGCCAAAGUGAGGAUUGAAAUUGCGGAAGCAUGUUAACUUCUGUGGGACUGAACAUAAAUGGUUAAUCAAGGCCAUUGAGAGCUCUUUUGGAGUUGUUAGUGGGGGGGGUGUUAUUCCUUGUGGCAAAUAGCCACAGAUUUCUGUGCUACAUGCUCAUGUGGUGCCUGAGUUCAGCUCAUCACAACAGGUGUGUUUUUUUCCAGUCUGGACAUUUUAAAAGCACUUGUACUGUCUUCUGGCUUCUCUGGUUUAUGUGACUGAACAGUACACAGACAGGACUGACAGGGGGGAGGGGACAAUGUGUGGAGUGGAGCGGAGCAAGAGAUACGUUUGAGCUCAUAUUGUGGUGAGGACAUGGUUUGCGUCUGCAGAAUGAACUCUAAAAAUAGCAUGAAUGUUUGAUGUCAGAACUGUUUAAAUCUAAAGAUUAAAAGAUAACCCCCAUGAUCUGACAUAGCUAAGCUCCUAUUUAUUAAUUAUUGAUUAUAUUGCUGAAAUAAUGAAAGGAUGUGUUGAUGUGUCAAUCAACUGCAAAUGAGUCAACUCACAUUUUGAUGAGCAAGACUAAACCAUUACUCAGACAGAAGCUCAAACUGAUUCUUUCUAGCGGCAGACAUUUAGUCAAAUCCUUGAUGUUUACCAAUAGCAUUAACAAUGGCAUAACAGGAGCAAGUAUCCCUCUAAGCGCAUUACCAGGUCCCUGGCAUCAUUCAUUUCAUCAUUUACCUGUGCUUUUCCUACUGUGACAUGUCAAAAUGUCUUCCAUGAAGAAGGUCAUGGUCACCUGAGCUGAAUCGGACAGAUCCUUGCACAUCUCUUCUUGUGGUCAGUUUAGUCAAUAUAUGACAGAGGACAUAUGUGGCCUUAGGACGUGUGCUCUAGUGUCUCUGCUCUUUUGAUCUCAAGGGUAGAGUCAUCAAAACGAUUCCAGCGGAUCCAGCAGCAAAGUUACUUUUGCUUUUAGCCAUUUGUGUGCCCAUGUCUGUUUCUGCUGUGCAUAGUCAACAUGAUGUAGCAGUGUCAUUAUGUGGGUACAUUAAUACUGAUACCAGCGUUAUGAAUAUUAAAAUAUGGCAGCCUUUUUUAUGGGUGUUUAAGAGGGAGUGUGAUGUUGCGUUUUGUCCUCUUUUUGCUGAUUUGUAAAAUUUUCCCCCAAAAAAAACAAAACUCCAAGCUAUUCAUUUACAUCAUAAGCUACAUGAUACACUUUAUUAUUAACCUUUCAUUUUGGUGAAAUGGGAAUUAUAUAAUUAGAAACAAGAGGAAGUAUUCACCCAUAAUUUCUGUCCGUAAAAAUCUGCUUCAUCCAGGUCCAAUACAGAAUGUCUGUGCAGAGGUCUAAGUUCUUAGAGCGAAUGUUUGAGCAAACGCUUCCCUACUUGGACAUUUGACAAAAACACAAUCACAAUUCUCCCGUUGUGGGCUUCUGUCCCACCACCUGACUGUACUUCCAUGUCCAAUAUUUACUGGCAUUUUAUCCCCUGUUUAGCCUGCCAACUCCUGAGAAACUGUUCAUUUGCUCUGGCUUCAUUAACCACUUGUUCACUUUGUCUCUCGACCAUUUCAUGCAGGGCAGGGAGCAUAAAAUCGGUUUGCAGACCAACACAUUCAGCUGAAAGUAACUGAAAGCUACAAAGAGGGGUGGUGGUGAUUUUUAGUGGAAUUGGCACCUAAACAUUAGGUGUUGGUUUCAGUCCCACUGAAGCAGAGAAAGCACUUCUUUCUUUUUUUUAACAUUUUGAUGCUUCUGAUACUCAAGAGUAAGUUCACAAAGAAAUCCUUCCUUUAAUGUGGCGAUGACAACCAACCUCUCCUCCAUCAGAAGCCUCAACUCUCCCAAGCUGCCUCACCGUAUGCUGUGUUAUAUAAGGGGCAGGACUCUUGUCUCUUUCCUGACUGGAACAUCCUGCUCUCUUGAUGUACCUUUUGUUUUUUUUUCUUGCCCCAGCAACAGUUACUGAGUGCAACAAACUCAAGCUCUUUACUGGGUCGAAAGGUAUUUUUGUGAAAUAUGGGAAAUCAGUAGCUGAAGUGUGUCUGUGAGGUUCAUCUUAGUCAUCAGCUGUGGUGGACUCAGCUGUGUCUAGACAAGGGUUGAAGUACAGUCGAUAAGACAGGUUGAGGAAAGUUGAAUAAGGUAAACACUAAAAUAACACAAAUGAUGGCACAUGGUAGGUUGAUUUAGGCUGAUUUUACAGUAGGGAAAUGUAUGUAUUCAAAAAUUGUAUUUGUGUCAUGUCUGUAUAUUCAUUUGUAGGCCAUAUCUACAGAGUGACAUCUAUGUAAUUCCCUUUGUCUUUGUCCAUCUGU